AUGAGGAGCAUUCGGGGAUCAUCUGUUGUUGAGGGGUCUUCUUUGGCUGUAGUCUUGUCCGUAAGUCUUUUGGGCACUGGAGAUUCUGCUUGCGGAAGUUUCGACUCUCAAGGUGGGCUUGUUGUCUCGUGUUCCGCAGCCAGAACUCCCAGACAGGACGAGGCACUAAGGUUGCCUAAGCCACUCAAAGACUGUGUCCGUUUGGAUUGGAGUUCGGAGCACCGCAUGACUCCUGAUCUGUUUCUCUCGAUAGGGCUGCAAUGUUUGGCCAAGAUGAAGGAGGACAAGGACCUGCGACUGCGUUCAGUGGAGCAAAUCCAGUUUAAUAAAAAGAGCGCGAAAAUCCUCGUGGAAAUAGACAGGGACCAUGAGAAGUACACGGCUGAGGAGGGAGUCGCCAUGAAUUGGGCAGGGCAGCUUGAGCAGGUGUUGUCCAAGUUGGCAACUUACGUGACAUGUGUCUCCGAAAACGAUCCGGCGGAAGUAACAGCUGUUUUGAAGCGUUACGCUCAGAGCACCACGGUCGAUUUGGUAACCCUGGAUACCCCCGUCACCACAAACUCCCUCGGUUUGGAUAGAAAGAGGACGCUGGCCGUAAUUGAAGAAGAGUUGCUCGACGCUUACAACAAGUUACAGCCUGGGACCAAGUUCAGCGACCGACACUGGCGCGGGGUUUGUCGCCCCCGACUUGGAUUGAAUGCGCAGCACCAGGUGGCUGUGGUCUCGUGGCUGAGCGGAUUUGUUUGUCCUGAAUGUCGCCCGCAGGAUCUGAAAGAUCUCCGAUAUCCCACGAGAAUUCAGGACGUCGCGGCCUUGGCAGCUGCCAGUGAUGGAGCCGCAGUGGGACGCAUCAAAGAAAGUGACGGCACGGGGAGCGGUCGUGAUUGGCAGAGAGUGGCAGAUGCUGCAGCGGAGGAAGUGCGAAAAGACGCGGAUGCACAGGGAUUGGGCACUCAGCACAUUCCGCUCGGAAUUACUUGGCAGCCUUGGAAAGAGAAAUGCGUGAGCAACGAGAAUGCCGGAUUGGUACUGCAGGAUCGACUCGAACGCGGGUGCAUCAUGCGACUUUACGACUUAUUGAAACUCUAUCGACUCUCGCACCAAGUAACUGACAGCCUCUUGCGUCAACUCAAGUCACGUCUAGGAGACGCCGGCAAGUACUGCUGCGUCGGCUCUUACUCUCAGCUGUAUGUCAUCCUUGAGCAACGUGUAAACAUCGCGACUGAAGAAACCUCAAGUAAGCUCCUCCUCCUCCUCGCUCCAGAGUGCAUGCGGGCAACCACAAAGGAACGCGCCGCCGAAGUCACUCAACAGUUUAUCAAACGCUUCAAAAGGGACGCCGGCUACGACGCACCGCGCUCGGAAAGUCAACUCCACGCUUCCGUGAUUCCGCCCUUCAUGGCCUAA